CAACGCCAGCUGACAAAUUCUUUAGGCCUGUGAAUCAUAGCUUAGGUGAAAAGUGCACAAAAAUAUAUAUCGACACUCUGAGACAAUGGCAGCCACCCUGAAGCCCUACCUUACCGCUGUGCGCCACUCACUGACGGCGGCUAUCUGUCUGCAGGACUUCUCAUCGCAGGUAGUUGAGCGGCACAACAAGCCGGAGGUUGAGAUCUGUUCCAGCAAGGAGCUGGUCCUCACGCCAAUUGUGGUUUCGCGCAACGAACGGGAGAAGGUCUUGAUUGAGCCGUCAAUUAACUCGGUGCGCGUUAGCAUCGCUGUGAAGCAGGCGGACGAGAUCGAACGCAUUCUAUGCCACAAGUUCACCAGGUUCAUGAUGCGCCGGGCUGAGUCCUUCGUAAUUUUGCGCCGCAAGCCCAUUGAAGGCUACGACAUUAGCUUUCUUAUCACAAACUUCCACACGGAGCAAAUGUACAAGCACAAGCUAGUGGAUUUCGUCAUCAGCUUUAUGGAGGAAAUUGACAAAGAGAUCAGCGAGAUGAAACUGGCCGUCAACGCCAGGGCUCGCACUUGCGCCGAAGAGUUUCUCAAACGCUUCUAGGAGACAAGCUUAUAAAUUCUUUGCAGGUGAACGCAACCCAGUCUCAACAUCGACCUUGUUGAGAUUAUAAUACUAAUAUAAAAAACAUCAAAACGAUUCAAGAAUAAAAACGUCUUUUAUAUUAUUUACUCCACUGA